UUAUUUAUGACUACUAGGGUUUCAGUAUUUUUCCCUCUCCAAUCUCCAGAUUAAGUCCCUGUCUACAAUAAUCGCACCUGUCUCGUGUUUUUCUCGAGGAUCAGACAGAAAUUUGAUCUGAAUUCCAACAAUCCUACUCAAUUAGCGGUUGCUAGCUGGGAGGAUAUGGAAGAACAGUCCGUAAAUGGUAUGAUGUCCAACCCCAAAACGACGCAAGAGCUGGCAAUGGAGGGCCAGAAGUAUCUGGAAGAAACCAUAGAGUACGCUUUCCAGAUCCUUUCUUCCAUGAAUGACGAGCUCUGCAACCCUUCCUUGUGGUCCACCUCUCCCAUGUCUGCUGCGUCCGCUAAUUUGGUUCCUAACGGUCCUUCCUCCCACUCUUCAAAUGGCGCCAUUAGUAGUGAUGCCACUUCUGAUAACUCCAUCCAACACGCGGAGAGUAGUGUUGGUGCCGGUACUGGAGGAGCUCUCGAAGAAGCUCGGUUUCGCUAUAAGAAUUCUGUCGCUGCGCUUCGAUCCAUUCUCACCGCAAUUCCCAACUCUCAGAAGGCAAAAACAUUUGACAGUGCUUCAGCUGCUAGCCCGGCGGAUGAAACUAACAUAGAGAAGUUGGAAGAACGAGCCUCGCGGUUAAGAAAGGAGCUUGCCAACAAGAACAUGCACCUGAAGUCUCUCAUAGAUCAAAUGCGGGAUCUUAUCAGUGAUAUAUCCGCAUGGCAAAGCCCUUAUUCUAUCUGAAGUUAAAGAUGAAAACUUAGAUUAUAUCUGCGGGAUAGUGCUUCCUGGUAAUAGAAGCCUUAAUUUGAAAUGCUGUAUAUGGCAGCCAUGCUUCUCUCAAUAGGCUAAAGCUUACCUCUUCGAAACUGUAGUUUGAAAAGCGAGAGUGUGGAAUGAUUUGUAAAUAUUCGUCCUAGGGGCAUCGCCUUGUAGGAUUGUAUCUUUACUAACCAUAUUAUGUAAUCCAUCAUUUGAUCGCUGUUAAACAGGGAAGUAGUAAUGACACGUGCCUUUUUGCCUAGUA